AAAAAUUUGUUUAGGUACUUUUAUCAAAGUUCUUGUGAGAAAGCCCAAAGAAAGGGGAACAAACAAUAAACAACUAGAAAAAAAAAAGAAACGUUAGUAAAAAGAUCCUAAAGCAAAAAGUGACUUGUUGAUAUGGGCGUGUUCAGCUUCCUCGGUCACCCGGCUGUUACAUUUCCUUCCAGCUCACGCCCCGUACCGAACUGUGUUGGAGACAGAAGAAGGCAGUUUUAUUAUUUAUUAACUUUCUCAAAGUUUCCUCUGACUUUCUGGAAGAAGAUAAGGAUUGCUUUCUAUCUCAGAGGAUGUGGUUGUGGAUUUUGAUUGGCUCUGAUUUUAUCUCAAAGCUAUAUGGAUAUCAAAAUGGUAGAUUUCCAGAGGCAUGUGACUCAAUGUUACCUCAGCAUAGGGGAAGUGGAGGCACCUUUUUUCCUCCUCAGACCUCCGAACCUCCAUUUGCAGUUAGUUACGAACUUGGACAGAACACCAGAGACCCCGUCAAAGUUACACUCAAGAGCAAAGACUCGAGGAAAUUCACCGGCUUCAUGCUGCAGGCUCGUGAGAGUAGUUUGGGUGGCAAAGGCCCACCCGUUGGAAAAUUCAUCUCACUUGAUACCUCUAACACCUAUCUUCUGACAUGUGGUGGUUUAUCUGGGUCAUCAGUUAGUCAAGCAAACAGUCAACCCAAGUCUUUAUUCAGCGUCAACUGGACUGCACAGGGAGAGGAGAGAGACAUCAUCUUCAGGGCCACUUUCAGUCAAAGUUUCACAAUGUUCUGGGAGAAUGUCGGUGUCGAGUUUCUCAGACCCACAAGCACACUGGCACCAAGUCCUACGGAACCAACUGUUGCAUCAAGUACUGCAUCAAGUAUAGCAUCCAGUACCACAGCAAGUACUGCAUCUAGCACGGGUGGAUCAAGUACUGCAUCAAGUGCAUCACAUCUAACUUCAGCAGUAACUGACACAACUGUUUCUACUACAGAGACUGACUUUCAGGUAGUAAGCAUCUCGCUCAUGUGUCUAGACUGUGUUUUAGAGGGGGCAAAAACGAAAAUUUCCCUCAUAAUAACAGUCUCAUUUGCAAGCAGAAGCAGAUGUUUUCCUUAUAAACACAUUAAGAUGUCAGUGGUGGUGUUCUGCACUCUUUGUGUUGCAAAUUCUAUUUGUUCUUUAGUCCUUCUUGUCAUGACCACUUCCUAUAAAGUUUCUUUUGCUGCUCUUGCUGGUGCAGUGUUGGGAAUUAAUUUAAUCGAGUUUGUGAUUGCAUUGCUGCCUUUAGGACCCAGCCAUGAACUAAAUGAAGUCCUUGACCUUUUUGUUCAGGUGUGUUCUGUUCUCCAUCAUGUCUGCUCAAAUGCUCUCAUCUUCCUCGGAGUUAUCAGCUCGAUGGAUGACCGGGGGGAAAUCAUGACGACGUCAUGGCGUCUGUACGUAAUGGCUAUGUACACAGGAUGGAUGUUCUUGAGCCUUGUUUGGGAUGUUGGACUGACUGCUAACAAGGGAAGGAUAAAACAAAUGUGUAAAAAAGAUAAUUCACAAGGAAGUGGACCACAAAAAUAUAAGUCUGUAGUCCAAGUUUUCAUCACAGGUGUUUCUGUGAUGUUCUUGGUCGGGACCACAGCCUUUUCUGUAGCUGUUACUGUUGGACUGUUUGUGAUUCAGAAGAACUAGGCCAGGGAGGUCAGAAUGCAAUCCAGCACUUUCAAUUUCACUUAUUUGUCUUUCAAAUAUCAAUAAGCGCUUGCUGAAAACAUGAUACUUUCUUCACUUCUACAAACUUACUCUUUAAACUGUUAAAGUCUUACUCCAGCAUGCUUCUAUCUUAAACGCUGUAGCAGUGUAACCCAUGGGGGGGAUGCAUCAGAUGAUAAGAAUUGGCUCAAGAGGACCAGCCUACACCGAAGCACUGAUCUUUCUCCUGUUUGGGCGACCUUGUGGAGUGUGUGUGUGUUGUUUUUUUUGUGUUAACUGUUAUUGAAACUACUGUUCAUAUUAUUUACUCCGUUUUAUUUUAACAGCCUUCCUGGAGGGUGGUCAGAUUGAGCAUUACCUGAAUAUUAGCCUUGGCUGUGACUCAACAUGCUAUAACUUCCUUGUUCCUUGAACCCAAUUAGGGAACAGCUUUAGGUGGAACAUGAGUGCUGUUCUAGUCUUGUGCAAACAGCUAAUAAAAUAUGUGAUCACAAACAUAAAA